AUGGAGCAAACACUAUCACUAUUGACUAAGGCCCAAGGGCCCACCCCAUUCACCAAGUUCAACGACCUUCCCCCUGAGCUACGCAUCAAGAUAUGGCAAUAUGCUAUGCCAGACGCACGCACAGUUGUCGUCAGUUCUCCCUACUCUACACAAUCACAACAGCAGACACCCAAGUCAAUAGACGAGGCGUUACUGCAAGCACCCUCCAACAAAAAAGGAGAGGAGACAUGGCAGUCCUCGACACAAAUCCCUACCCUAUUACAUGUCAAUGCCGAGGCUCGACACGAAGCUCUCAAGCACUACAAACUCUCCCUCGGUGUUGGAUCAACACAACCGCGCAUAUACGUGGACUUCACCCGCGACGCCAUCUUCUUCGGCAACGCCGAGCUCAAGCCCGAGUGCUCGUCACUAUGGGCAUCUACCCAAGACCUAUACCAGGUCGAACGACUCGCCCUCGUGCCCGAAGGCGCCUGGCGGGUCCUGCGAUGGAAGAAGGUCGACCUGAACUCGCUGCAGAAGAUGAUCUUCGUCCACGGCACCGAGAAAGUCAAGAAGCUCGGCCCGCUGCCCGAGCUCGUCGAGGAUGCGCCGCUGGAAGUCGAGACGAAGCUGGAGGAGCAGAUACUGCACAUGGACGUCGCGCAGGCGACUUUCUCGCAGUCGUGCAUCCUCGACCCGAUGAAGAAACGCAUGCAAGCGGCGCGCGAGGAGCUCGAGACCCUCAUGAUGGUGCUUCCUACGCAGUGGGAGAAGGAGCCGGCUGUGUCGACGGCCGUGUUCAGGUAG